ACAUAAUAGAUUAGGCACUACGGGUAGAUGAGCCUGCUUUCUGCCAAUGGUUCAUACAGGCUAUUCUGUAUUUUAGUUACUAUAGACAAUCAAUGACAGGGUGUACUAGAGCUACAAUACAGCACAUACUAUUUAUUUAUGUUGAACUGUCGGUACCAAGUUCAACAAAAGUAGGAAAUAAAACUCUAGUCUCCAGACAUGGCUUUAGUGGGAGUUAGAGCUUCAUACCACAGGAUUCUUAACAAGAUCGAGCUCAAACUACCUGCUAAACUGAGACCUUUCUACAACCAUCCAGCAGGUCCAAAGACAGUCUUCUUCUGGGCACCAGUGUGUAAAUGGGGUCUGGUUAUGGCUGGCAUGGCUGAUAUGACAAGGCCAGCUGAUAAACUGAGUCUCUCUCAGUCUGGAGUACUCAUGACUACAGGUGUUAUUUGGUCCCGAUAUUCUCUCGUCAUUAUUCCGAAGAACUGGGGUCUCUUUUUUGUCAACGGUUUUCUUGGAUUGGCAGGAGCAAACCAACUUGUUAGAAUCUGGAUGUACCAACAGGAAGUAAAGAAGCAACAGGACGAGAAGGGCCAGAUCCCCAUCAUAUAACACACACACACACACGUAUUUAAUUUCUUCAUGUCUUCAUCCAUUUUUAUGCAAAGUCUGUAAAGUCAACCCUCAACAGUCACUAACACAGGUCUUAUAUACAGUACAUAUCACAGGUCUUAUAUACAGUACAUAUCACAGGUCUUAUAUACAGUACAUAUCACAGGUCUUAUAUACAGUACAUAUCACAGGUCUUAUAUACAGUACAUAUCACAGGUCUUAUAUACAGUACAUAUCACAGGUCUUAUAUACAGUAC